AUGAGUUAUAAUGAUUCAAGAAAAUAUGCAUUUCCGGAAGAUUAUCCAGAAGAAGAAUUAAGAAGCUUCGUGCCAUAUGUUUAUGAUACAGUAUUUUCAAACUCACAAAUCUCUUGGUUUAUGCAACAAUUUACAUCAUUUAAUAAAAAGUAUCAGCCAGAAUUUGCUGAAAUUAAAACAUCCAGAGGAACAGGAUUUACAUUUAAUAUGAUUGAUGAUUAUGAAUUGCUAAACUUUGAACACAUCAAUUCAGAUUUCAACUACACAAGAGAUGUCACAACAGAGCCCAAAAAUUUGAAAAAAUUUCCAGAUUCUAUAAAAUAUCCAUUAAAAUUUAAAAAGUCUGAUCGAGUGGUGUUUACUGCAAAAAUAACAAAGCCUAUAGGGAACUACGCAAACUGUAUUAAGCAGUCAAUUAUGGUCCAUCAGCCAGAUUAUCUCCCAACAUUUAGCAUCAGAAAAGACUUUAUUACGUUUGAAUAUGGAUCAAUUUUGGAUGUGAUUGUAACAACUGAAAUCACAAGAACUGAUGAAAACUUAAGGAAGUUAAGUGCAACAGAACGUGGAUGCUACUUUAAGGGUGAAAAAGAACUCUAUUUCUUCAACACAUAUUCACAAAAGAACUGCGAAGUUGAGUGCAUUACUUACAUAACUCUCAAAGAAUGUGGCUGCGUUCACGUUGACCAACCAUACAUUGAUACUGAAGAUGUCUGUUUAAACAUUUCUAGUUCAAAUGAUAAUUCACACAAAAAUUGUAUCAUUGCGCUUCAUAGUGCUAUUUAUUUGUCAGGAGAUCAACAACAUGAAGAUGCUUGUGCCUGUUUACCUCUUUGUAACUCAAUUAACUACAAUAUCAAUUAUCAAACAACGCACGAGAAGCACGAGAUACAAAAGAAUUUUGAAUGGCAAAGAAAUGGCAAUGAAGCUAUAAUAAACGUGAGAAUGAACAUGGAUGACAUUGUGCUGUACCGCCGAUAUCAACAAUUUACGUUCUCGGAUGUUGUUUCGUAUGUCGGUGGACUCUUCGGACUUUUUGCUGGCAUUUCAAUGCUCUCAAUUGUGGAAUUUAUUUACUUUUUUACGAUCCGAUUGGGCGUCAACUUGUGGAGGAUUUUGAGGUCUCGUGAUUAGAAAGAUGAUUGAGUCAUUGAGUUGAGUAUUUGAACUAUAAAAGAGAGAAGAAGACAUUACUUCAGACAU